AUGAGGUGGUCAUCAUUAGCCCUGGCCCUCCUCGCAGGAGUGGUCACUGCGGCCGACACAACAACUUCCGAAUCAUCUACUACCAGCAAGUCCGAUUCUUCGACAUCAAUUGACCUCUCGAGUGCAUCUACCGUGACCAACCCAUCCACAGUCGCCUUGCCCUCUGGCAAUUAUAUCACCUAUAGCACCACAAUUACCCUGGACAAUGGCAAUUCCUCCGUCCUGGUAUCCACGACAGCCGCGCCGAAUGCGACGACGACCUCGGGCAACCAAACCAUGACUACCACAUCCGACUCCCUCACAGUUCUGAUAGGCGGCGGACACACAACAACCCUCGGCAAUGGAACUAUGAAUGCGACGGCCACCGCGUCGUCCACCUCGACUCAGACACCAGUCGUCAAUACUCGCCCGUGCAACAACUAUGCCGAAUUUUGCGCGCGCAACUAUUCCAACAUCACCAUGGUCGCAGCUCACAACAGCCCAUUCGUGCGCAAAGGCAAUGCUGCCGCUAACCAGGAACUGGAUGUGACGGCGCAACUCGACGAUGGCAUUCGCAUGCUUCAAUUCCAAACCCACUACCAAAACGGCACCAUGAUGCUCUGCCACACCUCCUGCGAUAUCCUCAACGUCGGCACCCUCGAAGCCUACCUCACAACCGUCGCCCAAUGGAUGCGCAAAAACCCCUACGACGUCGUCACCAUCCUAAUCGGAAAUUACGACUACGUCUCCCCGCAAAACUUCACCGACCCAAUCAAGAACUCCGGCCUCUACGAUCUAGCCUACACGCCCCCCAAGAUCCCAAUGGGUCUGGACGACUGGCCCACCCUGUCAGAGAUGAUUCUCACCGGCAAGCGAGCCGUCUUCUUUAUGGAUUACCAGGCAAAUCAAACAGCCGUCCCGUGGUUGAUGGAUGAAUUCUCGCAGAUUUGGGAGACGCCUUUUUCGCCGACGGAUGCUAGCUUCCCGUGCACGGAACAGCGACCUCCUAAUUUGUCGGAGAAGGAUGCGAAGAGUCGCAUGUAUAUGGCGAAUCAUAAUUUGAAUUUGGAGCUUAAUUUGGGCUCGUUUAGCAUGUUGAUUCCUAACACUGCUACGAUUAACCAGACUAAUGCUGUGAAUGGCAAUGGAAGUCUGGGGUGGAUGGCGAAUAACUGUACCCGUGACUGGAACCGCCCACCCAACUUCCUACUCGUCGACUACUACAACUACGGCAACUUCAACGGCUCCGUUUUCGAAGUCGCCGCGGAGAUGAAUAACGUUACUUAUAACCGUACUUGCUGUGGCCAAGAAUCUGCCGCUGUGCCGGGUAUGUCGACAGCUAGCUUCUCAACGAUGUUGGCGAUUGCGGCUGGUGUACAGAUCUUCCUAUCUGCAUUCUGA